GCAAUGACCAAGUCUGAGGUGGAUGCCUUGAGAAAGGAAACACGCUCCGUCUUCUACCAUGGUCUGACCAACUACCGCCAGUUCGCCUACCCGGACGAUGAGUUGCGACCACUCUCAUGCGCACCCCUGACACGCGACCGCGCCAAUCCCGCCCAUAUCGAGGUCAAUGAUGUUCUGGGCAACUACUCGCUCUCGGUGGUAGACAGUCUGUCCACUCUUGCCAUUCUCGCUUCUGACCCGACUUCCGACACGGACGAGCACAACGCUCUGCACGACUUCCAACAUUAUGUGGGCUUGGUCAUUGAAGAGUAUGGAGACGGCUCGCCCGGUCCUGCUGGCCAGGGUCGCCGUGCAAGAGGUUUUGACCUGGAUAGUAAAGUUCAAGUCUUUGAGACGACGAUCCGCGGCUUGGGUGGUCUUUUGAGUGCCCACCUGUUUGCCAUUGGUGAAUUGCCCAUCCGUGGAUACGAACCUGACAUCAGAGAGGAUGGAAUACACUGGCCGAAUGGCUUUGUAUAUGAUGGCCAAUUGUUACGACUUGCCCAAGAUCUGGGUGAGCGACUCUUGCCCGCCUUCCACACUCCGACUGGACUGCCAUACCCCAGAGUGAAUCUUCGCUACGGCACUCCUUUCUAUGAGAACUCGCCCUUGAAUAACGACCCUGAACAUGGACAGUGUCACAAAACUCAAAAGCCAAAAGGAUCUCGUGAGAUUACAGAAACUUGCAGUGCUGGCGCUGGUAGUCUCGUGCUUGAGUUUACCACCCUGUCCCGUCUGACCAACGACCCUCGGUUCGAACGUCUGGCCAAACGGGCUUUCUGGGCUGUAUGGGAACGACGCAGUGCUUCUGGCCUGAUCGGUGCUGGCAUUGAUGCAGAGACUGGCGCAUGGAUCGGCCCUUGGACUGGUAUCGGUGCUGGUAUUGACAGCUUCUUCGAAUAUGCUUUCAAGUCGCACGUCUUGUUAUCUGCUCUGCAAGGCGAUUCCUACAAUGUCACAGAAGACUCUCCAGAUGCCUUCCUUCAGACCUGGAAGGACGCUCAUUCUGCCAUCAUGCGACACGUCUAUCGGGACGCUUACUUCACCCAUCCGCACUACGCUCAGAAUGAUCUGUAUACUGGUGGACCACGACUCACGUGGAUAGACAGUCUGAGUGCUUACUAUCCUGGUUUACUAGUUCUGGCUGGUGAGUUAGACGAGGCCGUCACUGCUCAUCUUCUGUACACUGCCCUAUGGUCAAGGUAUGGUGCUCUGCCUGAAAGGUGGGACGCAACUACUGGUGCUAUCCAUGGCGGUCUGAGAUGGUGGGGUGGUCGACCAGAGUUCAUCGAAUCUACGUGGUAUCUUUAUCACGCCACGAAAGAUCCUUGGUAUCUCCACAUUGGUGAGAUGGCCUUGCGUGACAUCAAACGCAGGUGCUAUACCAGGUGCGGUUGGGCAGGUCUGCAAGAUGUCCGAACAGGCGAGAAAACCGAUCGCAUGGAGAGUUUCUUCCUAGGUGAAACUGCAAAAUACAUGUACCUGUUGUUCGAUCCGGACCAUCCUCUGAACACGAUUGACGCACCUUGGGUCUUUACGACAGAAGGACAUCCGCUGAUUAUCCCCAAAGCCAACAGGACAAGCACAAGGCAAUAUUACAACCGAGAAGAGAGUCGGAUCAAUAUCGUGCCGAAGCCUCGAGCGGAAAAGUGUCCAUUACCUCCAGCCUUGCUGCCCUUGACAGUAUCAUCAACCGCUGCCAGAUCAGAUGUCUUCCAUGCUGCUUCUUUAGCUCGACUACAUCUCAUGCCUAUUGGAAACAAGCCUGGCGCUCCNUCGCUGGACUGGGCUUCUGAUCAUCCUAGUGUGACUAUGCUUGGCCCAGAAUCUCCAACCAAUUUUACUUUCUACCCCUGGACUCUGCCUCUCAAUCUGGUGCCUACAGAUGGUUAUAGCACUAAGCUAUCCAACAAGCCAACCUUUGACCUCACUUUCCCUACUACUGCUGGUACAGGUCUCGAGAUUGGUACACUCCAAAAGAUUGAUGGAGGUGUCCUCGUCAAUUCAAUCUCAGGUUUGAGGUUUGGUAUGGUACUAGAAUCACCAGCACCAGAAGAGCACGAGUACAGAAUCUAUACUCUCGGCAAUUUUGCCCUUGGUCGCGACGAGCACAUCGCAUUGAGUCGAGACACCUUGUCACAAAUCAAUCCAACAGAUCCACACUUUACGCGCAUGCGUGAUGUCGAAGCCAUGGAUCUGAUCAUCGAUGUACCACAUCCUGAAGAAUCCGUAGUCGAAGCUCUCGUGUAUAAUAACACUGCAUUGACUGAUCACGUCUUUGACUUCAGUCUCGACUUCGACCUGGAUGCUUUGGGUGCCACUUCCAAUCCUGGCGACACGGUUUUGGAUUCUCUACCCAAAGCUCUUUUUGCUGAUGUCCAUCGUCUUGCGGAACAACUCGAUGGACUAGUUGGCGUUCUUCCUGAUGCUGACGGCAUAGAUGACGCUCUUCGUGACGCAGUCAAACAGCUUCGAUCAAAAUCUACCGCUGCCUUGCCAUCUUCCUCGGCAGCUCCUUCUCAGCAGAAGAAAGAUCUACAACGUUUCACUACACCAGCAAUGCUACCUAUAGGACCUGGUGCAGCACCUUUGCCAGCAGUCAUUGAUUCGUCGCCCGAUCCGCGAAGUCUUUCUACUGGAAGCCUCCCUUACACGACUAUCCUUGUCAUCGACUCUGAUCUGUGCAAUACUGCUCCCAUACCGCUCGAUCUUGUCAUGACGCAUACAAUCCUCAUAAUUCGUCGUGGUGGCUGCAGUUUCAGCAANAAGCUCUCUGCAAUUCCUUCGUUCCCACCUUCUGCCAAGUCACUACAACUAGUCUUGGUGGUAAGCUUUGGAAGCGACGAAGGAACAAGGCCAUUAGUUGACGAAGUUCAAUUGACACCCAAAGGACUACCAAGACGUCAUCCGAUUUGUCUUGCUCUUGUCCCGGGUGGUCAAACUGUUUGGGACACUUUUCUGAGAGGAGCGAGUACUGUAGGUAUUGCUGACAACACUGGUGCCAUCAGUACCUUGGACGGCAGGAAAACAGACACUGCACAAGCUGAAGCCGGAGCUACACAAACACAAGCAAUGGAGACUGGCAAGAAGAAGGCUAAGAAGACGACCAAAGCAAAAGCGAAAGGGAAGAAAGAGGUUGAAGCAGUUCCGGGCAUUGGUGUCAGGAGGAGAUAUUACUUCACCAGCAAGGGUGUACGAAUCAGCAAUCUCAUCGUUACUUGA